GCACCGGCGGCGGGCGGCGGGCGGGCUGCGGGGCCGGGGACCGCUCGCGCCACUCGCUCCCGCCAGCCACCCGGCGGCGCGGACCCGGCGGGGAGCGCGCAGACCCGACGCCACCCGAGCCCACGCCUGUCCCUCUGGCUGCCGGGUCGCGCCGCAAUCAGGGGCAUCUGAGCCGGCGGAGGCCUCGGACCCGCACCCGGAGCCCCGCGGCGACAUGGCCCCCGAGCUGCUGCUGCUCCUCGGCCUGCUCUCGGGCUUGCACGCGCGGUCCAGAAAGGUGGAUGAGGAUGACUAUGAAGAUACAUCUUCAAACCAGAAAUGGGUCCUGGCCCCCAAGUCCCAAGACACCGAUGUGACCCUUAUUCUCAACAAACUGCUGAGAGAAUAUGAUAAAAAGCUGAGGCCAGACAUUGGGAUCAAACCGACCAUAAUUGAUGUUGACACCUAUGUUAACAGCAUUGGGCCUGUGUCAUCAAUAAACAUGGAAUACCAAAUUGAUAUAUUUUUUGCUCAGACCUGGACCGACAGUCGCCUUCGAUUCAACAGCACAAUGAAAAUACUCACUCUGAACAGCAACAUGGUGGGGCUGAUAUGGGUCCCAGACACCAUCUUCCGCAAUUCUAAGACCGCAGAGGCUCACUGGGUCACCACCCCCAACCAGCUUCUCAGAAUCUGGAAUGAUGGGAAGAUCCUUUACACUCUAAGAGCGCCUUCAGAGCAGGAGGUCGCCAAGGAGCCCAGCUCCCGCUGCUCCAGUGGCCUGUGCCUUGGAAAUGACUUUGACUGCCUCGUCGUCAUCAACUUCCACAAGCUCAUCGCUCUCAUCGUGGAGCAGCUCAAGAGCCGGGGCCUGUUUGACAGCUUCCGCCGGGGCUGCCUGGCCGACGUGGACACCAAGCCAGCUUACCAAAACCUGAGGCAGAAAGCAGAUAAUUUUGUGUCAACACAUCUGGACAAGCAGGAGUGGAAUCCUACCAUGAACAAAAACCAAUUACGAAAUGAUGGCUACCCCAAAGAAGAAAUGAUAUAUAGAUGGAGAAAAAACUCAGUUGAGGCAGCUGAUCAGAAAUCCUGGCGACUUUAUCAGUUUGACUUCAUGGGCCUCAGAAAUACUACGGAAAUCGUGACAACAUCUGCAGGUGAUUAUGUUGUCAUGACGAUAUAUUUUGAACUAAGUAGAAGAAUGGGAUACUUCACUAUUCAAACAUACAUCCCCUGCAUACUGACGGUGGUUUUAUCCUGGGUGUCAUUUUGGAUCAAAAAAGAUGCUACACCAGCAAGAACAGCAUUAGGCAUCACCACGGUGCUGACCAUGACCACGCUCAGCACCAUAGCCAGGAACUCCCUGCCCCGGGUGUCGUAUGUGACCGCCAUGGACCUCUUCGUGACCGUGUGCUUCUUAUUUGUCUUUGCUGCUCUGAUGGAGUAUGCCACCCUCAACUACUAUUCAAGUUGCAGAAAAUCCACCACCACGAAGAAGAAACUGUCGCUACUACAUCCAGAUUCCUCAAGAUGGAUUCAGGAGCGAAUAAGCUUACAAGCCCCCUCCAGCUACUCUCUCCUCGAUGUGAGGCCACCGCCGCCCACGAUGGUCACUUUGAACAAUUCCAUGUACUGGCAGGAAUUUGAAGAGACCUGUGUCUAUGAGUGUCUGGACGGCAAAGACUGUCAGAGCUUCUUCUGCUGCUAUGAGGAAUGCAAGUCAGGGUCCUGGAGAAAAGGGCGUAUCCACAUAGACGUCCUGGAGCUGGACUCAUAUUCCCGGGUCUUUUUCCCCACGUCCUUCCUGCUCUUCAACUUGGUCUAUUGGGUUGGAUACCUGUACCUUUAAAUGUUGCCUGUGGUAAUGAGUGGCGUGUGCUAGGUCCCCCUCUUUACCUGUCACCCUCCCCAGACCGGUAGUCACCAAUCAGAGUAGAACAGGGGACACUACUCAGCUUAUGUGAAGUUACACGUCACCUCUGAGCAGUGUAGGAGUGUGUGGCAAAUAUGUCUAUUGUAUAUUUCACACUCACCCACGCGCGUGUACACACACACAUGUUAACUGAGUUUUAAAAUGACACUUGCUGAUAAUCCCUUACCGAAUCUGUAGCUUGAUGAUGUUUGUAAACCGUUUUUGGAUAUUGGAAGCAGCUGCCGAUUAGCCUUGCAGAGAAGUCUAUACACAUGCAAACAAAUAUCUAAGAAGCUGUCCUGGGCCCUGGCCCCUCUGGGUCUUCCCUUCGCAGUCCUCGGCAGGACCAGUGCUCAUGUGUGUGGACUCACAGCUGGCUGAGACACUCAUACUGACCCCAGCCCAGUGUUCCUGGGCAGCCUGAGCUCAGGCACGAGCUGCAGUGAGUUUCCAACCUGUUGCCUCUCUCUCUCUCUGGCCUCCUUUGCUCUGGCAUCAUCAUCGUUAGCUAGCGUCCCUUUAUAAUAAUAACCUCACCCAGGUUUGGGAAGGGUGUAUAUGCAUAUCCAUAAGUUUCCAGUUGAGGAAAAAAAUAUGAUUUUCAAAAUUUUCAUGUUGCUGAAUUCAAUGAUGUUAUCUCUGAACAUCAGAAGUUUACUUUCUUCCAGACUACCAAGAGUCGGCAGUAUUUGAACCUUGGGGUCUUUCACCUGAGCUGUGUUUUACUGGAACAGGGAACAACCACAGAGUAUAUGUCGUGCUGAUGUUGUGCUAUCGUGGGUUCAAUGAUUUUCCUCUUUCGCAGGAAAGUAUACACCAUUCAUAGCCUUUGUCUUGAAAACGUUUUCCAGAGUGUGAAAAAAAUAUAGAUAGAAUUUUAAAAAUUUCUUAAUGAAUAUUAACUGUCAAGUCAAAUCACUUUAGAUGCAAAAAAAUGUGUCAUGGCUAUCAUCAAUGAUAUAUUUUGAUGAACAAAAAUUAUUUUAUACUGUGAAAUAUGGAUACAUAGCAAAAUCCCAAAGAAAACAGCCUCUGAAAUUAUUAGUCUUUUGAUAUUUUUAUAACAUGACACCAACUUGAUUUGUGAUGUUAGCUUUUUCUUAGGACGGGUUGCCAGUGUGUACUUCACAAGGCUCUUUGGAAGCUUCCCACCACUGAUAGGAACAAAAGUCCUUCCAGUUCCUAAAUGACGCUUAGGAAUCAUUAAAAUUUUGGUACCAGAAUCUGUGUUUCUCAUCUUACCCAGAAAAUUGCGUGUUUUUAGAAACAAUAGCAUUUUAUUUUAAUCAUCUAUUGUACAUACUAUUAUUACUCAUAAAAAAAGGUAAAAUGUUAUGCAGAGAAAAUAUGUAAAAGGGUUGAUUUCACGCAAUUUACUGGAUACAGACACCGAAAAGGAUGGGAGUGCAAGAGGCCAGGAAGGUGAACAUUGGAUAAGCCUGUUUAUUUUUAUGAGCAUCAUUGCAUAUCAAAUAUAUGACUCUGUGAUCACCGAGCUCUCAUGGGCUGGGUCUCAGUGUGACACAGUCAAGCCCACUGCUUUCCUUCCUGUCCUCUCCCUGUCUUUUGGUUUGAUAGUUGCUACAUAGACCACAGGACAUUUGGCUUCUUUUUAGCAAAUCCAAUUUUAAAAAGUAAAAUCAUGAUCAGUAUCUGUGGAGAAACAGGUUGAAUAUAGUGGCUUAAAUGACACUUCUGCUGUGUUGGAGAAUGUCCCCAUCUAGCAGCAUAAUCCACCCUCCUGCGCUCGGCAGGGCAGCUGGCAGGCACCGUGACCAAGGAGAGCAGAGUUUGGAAUACCCAGGAAAGGCAGCCCAAGGUCGGUCUUUUCCAAACACCAUUUCCAGCUUUACAAAUUUAUCAUUUCUAACAAUCUGAAGAAUUUCAGCCUGGUGCACCUUCCAAGAAGUUCUGGAAGGAACUGAAUUAUCCAGUGAAAUUCUUCUGGGGAGGCAACUAACCAAAAAGCAUUUUUUAGAACAUAGAUUUGGUUCAAUUCCAUUUAAAUAUUUUUUAUGGAUGUCUCUUGUUUCAAAGCCAUUCAUAGGUAGGCAUUGUUGGAAACUCUCAUGAGAUUUAUACACGUAGGCUGUAAGUGCCACCCCCAGCCUCGGUGGUCCUGCUGGUCAAAGCGCACCAGCUCACGGCUCCUUGUUCGGGAAUGAGAACCUUCAUCUCAAGGGAUAGACAUUCACUCGUAGAACAGAAAGUAGACUCGGGCACAUAAGGCAGUUUACACUCUGGUCUGACUAAACACAGUAAAGCAUCCCUGGAGAGCUCACCACACCUGGUCCUGAGAUGAGCUCUUCAGUCUGCAGUCCAUGCCCUCAGCAGGGUGGAGCUUGGGCUUGCUAAGUACACCUGAGCUGACUGGAGAGGCAGGAAGGAGGCGAGGGAGAGUGUGAGGGAGAGUAUCACUCUAUUCAAAGGACUCGCCUUCACCACAUGCUUGAUGAGUAUAUUGAGCAUGUGGGGCGUGCGGUAUGACUGUUCCACACAGACCCACACCCUUCCAGCUCCCCCCAGCUUGCUUUGCAUGUAGAAUUGGGAAAUACUUGGGUGGUUGUGUGGCAGCCUGGGGAAGUAGUCUGAGGUGUCCCGUACUUUCAGAAAUACUCUAAAUCCAGGAGGUAACAUUUUCACAUUUUGACCAGGAUUUCUCACUUGUGACCGCUGUGACUAUCUCUCUCAUAAGCUGCAUCGGGCUGAGAGUGAAAGGGAAAAAAAGGCAUUUAACAGGACCAGGAUCACAGCAGAAUGCCUCCUGGGGUCCAGGAAGUUUUAGUUUCUGUAGUUUCACACCACUGACUGGAAGACGGUCUCAGAUGCUGGACAGAGGACAACUUAGUGUGAACCCAGCCAAUAUUGCCCCCAACUUACCCAACAUAUGCCUUAAAAUAACAUGAAAAGCUCAAAUAAUGCAUGUCUUGUAGAUUUUCUACUUCCUGGGAAUCCAUAUACUUCGUGCCCGAAUUUAUUUAUCUUUUAUGAGUGGAUGGAGAUAGGAUUUCACGUCUUUAGAGGCCAAACAGUCUUACUCGUCCAUCAGAUUAGUUAAGGACACAGUUUUUUUGUGGAUUCUUCAAGUCAGGAAAUGCUGGUGCUUGAGGGCAAAGCGUUUUCAGGCUACAUAUGAGGAACGUAUUAACAUUGUCAAUAAAAUGCCAAUCUAAAAGCCAGCAACAGUGCUUGCAGGAGUGUCCCCAUAGGACCUCCACGCCAAGUCUCUUCACUUGGCCAUAGCUUACUGCAGUAAAGGGUUUAGGUGUCGUUUUUUGCUGCUCUGCAAAAUACCGCACCCUGGAAGCCAAGGGAGGCCAUCGAUAACACCAUUUUGCAUUGGCAAGUACUUGCCACACUAGGAAGCAACAGGGCACUCCUUAUCUAAAGGGCUAGAAAAUAAGACAAAACCUCCUCUUCCUUGAUCAUUUUUAUCUCGGCUGCCAAUAAUAAAACUCUGUGAUUUCCUUCGCAGACUUGAGAAUUAUAACUGCUCUCCCACCAUUACACUUAUCAACGUAUCAGAGCGGUGCUCUCAAGACACAAAGCAUUUUGAAUUCUUUCCAUGGUCUUUCAGUUAAUUGUCAAAAUGCUUUUUCUGAGAGUUUAUAAACUACGUACAUAUGAAAUUUCAUCCUCAAUUUCUGUUCAAGGGUGUGUGCAUGACUUGGGAUAAACAUAUGUAAUCAGAUAAAAAUAUGUAUUGAAAUGUUUACUAUCAGUUGGCUUCAGAGCGCUAUCAAUUUAAAAAUAUUUUCACAAAGGUGUCUGGAAAUAAGAACCAGAUUGUGAAUACUACAUUGUAAAUGUGAAAUUCACAGUUUUCUGUUGAAAUUUAUGGAAAAUUCUGUGGAAAAUUGCCCCAAAUUGAGAAAGUGUGUAAUCUGCCCAUGUUUUUUUUUUCUCACAUUUGCCUAUAGGAAACAGUCAGGUUCACACAAGUUAGCAGUAACUCCACACUAUAAUCACAUGCAAAGAACCAAAAAACUAACAAUUCAGCGUAAAUGACAGACCCUUCUUGUAUUCCUUGUUCAUUUCACUUUUACUAUGAAAAUAUAUUUCUACCAUUAUAGGGAGAACACAUGUAUGUGCUGAGAUAAUAGGAUAACAUAACAACUCAGCCAUUCAUAUUUCUGGAAGAAUAAAAACUUGGCUUUUUUUUUUUAAUGCCUGCUAGUUUUGAAGACUACAAACUAGGGCAUUUCCAUUUCUUUUAAAAUUCAAGUGAGCAUUUCCAAGAUAUAAGCCUGGUCUGUUUCUAUUAAAGUCAAAAGGGAGACUUGUUUUCCUUUUUUUUUUUUUUUUAGCUGAGCCAUCCUACCACCUGUUGGCA